AUGGCGAUCAAAGCCGUUCUACUUGUACGCCUCCUCCUCUGCUCGGCACUCCCCUCGGCGUUCGCGGGCCGCCUCGAGUAUCGCUUCGGCCAGCAGCGCGACAUGCUCCCGAUUGCGACAAGACUGCUUCGCGAAAAGAUGAACCCGCUCUUCCUGUCUGCAGACCGAUUCCUCGUCUGUCGCGAGUCCGACUCGGGUGCGCUGGUUGGCUUUGGGCAGAUACGCCAGCUCGCCAAGAGCAACGCGGCCGAUCCGGCUCGAUUCGACGCCCCGCCCGGCUCGGGCGACGUUGGGCAGCCCGCCGAUGAUGACGCCUGGGAUGACUUUGACCGCGCCUACGCCGCGUCGGCGCCGGAGAGCGGGCUCGACGCGCUGCUGCCCUGGUCGGCCAGGUACAGAGAGCUCGCGCAGCGCGCGGCGGUGCAGCGGGAGCGGCGGCGUUCGCGGGUGAGCCAGGCGGAGACGGAGGCGGCGCCGCUGUGGGAGCUGGCGUCGGUGUACGUGGGCGAGCAGUGGCGUGGCCGCGGCGUGGGGAGCGAGCUCGUGCGCCGGCUGUGCGCGCGGCACGUGCAGCGCGGCGGCGCGAGGCGCGACCUCUACCUGAUCACCCUGGAGCCGACCUGCGGCUGGUACGAGGGCCUCGGCUUUUCUCGGGUGGAGCGGCAGGACCUGCCGCCGCAGAUGGGCCUCGAGGUGGCGGCCGGAGAGGCCGUCUCGUGGGUGCUGGGCAACCGGCUGGUGUGCAUGCGCGGGACGGGCGGCGCCGGCGAGAAGGUAAGGUAA